AUGGCCCUCACACAGGCUACGCCCAUGGCUGCCCUGCCGUCUCUUGCCCUCUGGGGACGCUUCGCCACGCCCGUUCCCACCCUCCACACCGCAUCCCCCUCCGCCACUUCCUUCCUUCCCCUCAAAAGCCACUGCGCCAGCAAAAGUGCUCGUGGAAGUGGUAAAGGUGGUGAUGGCGCUGGUGGUAGCAGUGGUGUGGGUAGAGCAGGGGGUGGUGCGGCCAGCAGCAGCAAGAGUGGGCGUGGCAAGAGGUCAAAAGGCAAAGGGAAGGAAGGAGCGCCGGCAGUGGUGCUGCGCGCAGGGCAGCACCCCAUGCGCCCGCACCUCAUCCCCAGCUUCACCUGGCAUGUGCUCCGGGGGCUGCGACGCCACGGGUUCGAGGCGUAUCUAGUGGGCGGCAGCAUCAGGGACCUGCUGCUGGACGUGCCACCCAAGGACUACGACGUGCUCUCCACCGCCACCACCACUCAGAUCCGCAAGUCCUUCCCCAGGGCGCGCAUUGUGGGGCGGCGCUUCCCCAUCUGCCAUGUGAUGGUGGGCGGGGAGAUCGUUGAGGUAUCGAGCUUCAAGACCAAGGAGCAGUUACCGCCGAGGCGCAAGAGAACACCAAGACAGCAGCUGAGGAUGCCGCCAACCAAGCUGUCUUGGCUCGAUGAUGACUCUGGGGAGGGCGAGGAGGGGGACGAGGAGGUGGAGGAGGGAGACGAUGGUGAGGAGGAGGGUGAGGAGGAGGAGGAGGAGGAGGCGGAGGAGGAAGAAGGAGCGGAGGAGGGGGCGGAAGAAGGGCUGUUGGUGCCGGUGCGACCCCCGCGGGAGAUGGUGGAGAGGAAGGAGUGGACUGGCAAGGACUCGGAGCGAUGGCUCAAUGCUGCCCGCAGAGACUUCACUGUCAAUGGGUGCGUGCUCUGUGCUGUGCGAGUCUCCGUGUCGUAUUCUCUCUCAUCUCUUUUAAUUCCGCUCUCUCUCAUGCACUGCCCCGCCCACACUCCCUCCCCCGCCCACAUGCAUGGUGGGGUGGGGCACAUCAGGCUGAUGCUGGAUCCCUUCAGUGGCACGCUGUACGACUAUGUGGGCGCGCUGCAUGACAUCAAGACCCGCGUGCUCAGAACAAUACAACCAGCUCUGCCCUCCUUCCUAGAUGACCCAGUGCGUGUGCUGCGCGCCAUGCGCAUGGCGGCCAAGGCGCGCCUGUCUCUGCAUGAGGACAUCGUUGCUGCACUGGAGUCGCCCCGCCUCCUCUCCUCCCUCGCGCAUGUCAACAAGGAGCGUGUGCAGCAGGAGGUGGCGUUGCUGCUGUCGUACGGCUCCUCUGAGCAAGCCGUCCGCUUGCUCUGGUCGCACCGCCUCAUGCCACUGCUGCUGCCUCUGCACUCAGCUCGUCUGCUAGAUCGCGGUUUCCCAACCUCCCCGGCUGCUGCUGCCACUGCUGACGACCUGCUCUUUGCCAUGCUGCGGCAGUUGGAUCGCCUCACAGCUCCCAACGCUCCCUGCCGCCAACUCGUCUGGGUGACCAUCCUAUCCCUCUACCUAGCAGCCACGGCCACCACCACACCCCCCGCAGCACUACUAGCAGCAGCGCUGCGCAUGCGACGGGGCGGUCUGGAGUGGGACAGAGCAGCAGCGGAUGCAGCAGAGGUGGUGCGGAGACUAAGAGCUGGAGAGCCUGUUGAUUCGGAGCUGUUGCUGGGGAGUGGGGAAGAGGAUGGGGGGAAGAAGGGCAGCAGGGGCAAGAGGAGGACUAAAGGGAAGGGGAAGGGGAGGGAGGAGGAGGGUGCGAGGGACGGGGAUGGUGGGGAAGGGGAGGGAGUGGGGGAUGGUGAAGGGGAGGAGAGGGGAGCGAGGGAGCGGAGAGCAGAGGAGAGGAGGUUGGUAAAGGAAGCCCAACAGCUACUACCCAGGGCGCUGCGCAGUGUGCUGCAGAUGACCCAUCCAGGGGAGCUCUCCCGCCACGCACACGCACAGCUCGGCAUCUCUCUUCCCGAGCCCGUGCUGGUAACGCGUGCCAGCACGUGUGAAGCAGCGCAGCUGCUGUACCGCUCUAUGUCCGGCCGCCAGGUGAAGGACCCGCUCUCCCUCGAAUACCUUCUCUCCACCACAGGGCUUGACACUGAGGGUGAGGGUGAGGACGAGGCGGGUGUGAGGCGGAAUAAGCAGGCGGGUGGGCGGCACAAGGAGCAGCAGAGGAGGCCGGAUGACUGGGGGCCAGGGCAGGUUUCAGCAGAGGUGCUGGAUGAGGCGGAGAUGUUAGUUUCGUGGGUAAUUAUCAAUUCAGUGCCCUCGAUUGUUUAG